AGGAUCACGGAUCAAGAGCAACUGCGCGCCAGAAAAUAGACGACGCAUGUGCUGAUGGAUACAUGAUGAUGACAUGCCGGCCCUCCGUGACGCCAAUCAACAACAAUGUUCUGGUAAGCCCAGAAAAGAGGCGCGACCAAUGUCAUGGCAAUCUCGCAACACUUCCCAAACAUCCGGCCUUACAACCACGCCCACCACACGCUGGCAACGCACACACCCUUUUACGUGCCCAUCACGUCGCGGCAAAGGAAAAAAAAACCGGCCCCAAGAAUGCACUGCCAGUAGUCCCGUACGUGCACGCGCACCCCCUGGAUUGCCCGAUGAUCAGAAGCAAGAAAACUACACGGAGCCCGGGUAGCAACACGGAUCUAUCUUUGGUUCAAGAUGGAGGGUUAUCCUGGACCCGUCCGUCAAUGCCUGUCUUGACACGGCCCGUAACAACCCAAACCCCUUCUCAAACAGAAUCAAUGUGCGAACUGCCGAUGCCGUUACCCGUCGUUCCUGUUGGAAACCUUUAAACAUGUGGUACUUGAUAGAAUGGGCCAUCUCGGG